AUUCUAUUCCGGAAAUUUAACGCAGUCUGUUGAAAAUUAUAAUAAAAAACACCCCAGAUUGUUUAUUACUGAAGUUUACACUGAUUCACAUUAUUUGAAAAAUAAGGGAUCUUACCUAUAUACAUAUCUCAUUGAAAUUUUCACAUAAAAAAUGGGCAGAAAAGUAACACUUGCUACUUGCACACUGAACCAGUGGGCUAUGGAUUUCAAAGGAAAUUAUGAGCGAAUCCAUGAAAGUAUCAGAAUUGCUAAAGAAAGAGGUGCAACUUAUCGUGCGGGUCCAGAAUUAGAAAUAACAGGAUACAGUUGUGGUGAUCAUUUUUAUGAAAGUGACACCUUCCUUCAUUCUUGGGAAGUUAUUCAGAAACUCAUGCAAGAUCCAAUAUGUAAGGAUAUCAUAGUGGAUGUAGGCAUGCCUGUUAUGCAUAAAAAUGUUGCUUAUAAUUGUAGAGUUAUCUUUCUGAAUAAAAAGUUGCUUUUGAUAAGACCAAAGUUAAUCCUUUGUGAUGAUGGCAACUACAGAGAAACUCGAUGGUUUACAGCAUGGAAAAAAAUUCGUCAGACUGAAGACUAUUACUUACCUAGAAUGAUACAAGCUGUAUGUGGGCAGAAAACAGUGUUAUUUGGAGAUGCUGUUAUAGCAACUGUAGAUACUUGCAUUGGUUUUGAAAUUUGUGAAGAACUGUGGAACCCUAACAGUUCUCAUAUUCCACAAAGUCUAGAUGGAGUAGAAAUAAUAUCUAAUGGUAGUGGUUGCUAUCAUGAGCUAAGAAAGGCAUAUGUGGUUGUAGAUUUAGUAAAAUCAGCAACUGCAAAAUGCGGUGGAAUUUAUCUGUUCUCUAAUUUAAGAGGCUGUGAUGGAGAAAGAACUUAUUUCCAAGGUUGCUCUCAUAUUGCAAUAAAUGGGCAUAUGGUUAGUAUUGGAAAACAGUUUUCACUGCAAGAUGUGGAAGUCAUUACAGCAACAUUAGAUCUUGAAGACAUUCGAACUUAUCGCAAUAAUAUUCGCAGUCGUAAUUUAGUGGCAUCAUCAUCUCCUGCUUACCCUCGUGUGCAGAUUAAUUUUGCUUUAUCUUCUGAUGAUUUAUUUAUACCCUCGUAUGAGCCAAGAGAGUGGAAAUAUUAUUCAGCUGAAGAAGAAAUAGCAUUGGGUCCAGCAUGCUGGUUGUGGGAUUACUUGAGGCGUAGUGGUCAAGGAGGAUUUUUCUUGCCAUUGAGUGGAGGUGUGGAUAGCAGUAGUGUUGCUACUAUAGUUUAUUCUAUGUGUACGCUUGUAUAUAAUGCUAUAACGGAUGGGGAUGCUGCUGUGCUUGAAGAUUUAAGGAAGAUUGUUGGUGAUCACAAAUAUGUUCCUCAAAAUGCUAAGGAAAUUUGUAACCAAAUAUUAGUGACUUGCUAUAUGGGUACUAAACAGUCAUCAGAAAAAACAUGCAACCUAGCUAAGAAUUUAGCUUCAGAAAUUGGCAGUUAUCAUAUGAAAAUUAAAAUUGAUGUUAUAAUUGAUGCUGUCUUAACAGUAUUUACUUUAGUCACUGGAGUCACUCCCAAAUUUCAUAUUCAUGGCGGAAGUAGGAGGGAAAAUCUUGCUUUGCAAAACAUACAAGCAAGAAUUAGGAUGAUAAUGGCAUAUUUUUUUGCUCAGUUAAUUUUAUGGACUCGAAAUCGUUCUGGUGGAUUAUUAGUUCUUGGCUCUGGAAAUGUUGAUGAAGCACUUGCUGGAUAUUUGACUAAAUAUGAUUGUUCCAGUGCUGAUGUUAAUCCUAUUGGAUCAAUCAGUAAAAUGGAUUUAAAAUCAUUCUUGAAAUAUGCUACUUUCCAAUUCAAUUUGCCCACCUUAAGUGAAAUACUUCUAUCUCCUCCAACUGCUGAAUUAGAACCUCUGUCUGAUGGGAAAAUUGCACAGACAGAUGAAGAAGACAUGGGUAUGACUUAUAAAGAGUUGAGUGCAUAUGGACGAUUAAGAAAACCAGGUGGAUGUGGCCCUUAUUCCAUGUUCUGCAAACUUGUUAAUAAAUGGUCACCUUUAUAUCAUCCUGAAGAAGUAGCUGCUAAGAUUAAACAUUUUUUCCAAAGAUAUUCAAUCAAUCGUCACAAAAUGACUGUUAUUACACCUUCCUAUCAUGCUGAAUGCUACAGUCCUGAUGAUAACAGAUUUGACCAGAGGCAGUUCCUUUACAAUGUAAAAUGGGACUGGCAGUUUCAAGCCAUUGAUGCUGCUCUUCAAAGAUACAAAACUAAAAGAGAUUAUAGGAAUGAUGCUUUGCUUCUUAAUUCUGCUAAAACAUAUCAUUUAAAGGAUAGUACUGAUAAAAGUUUCGCUGAUAAAAGUGGAUCAUCGUCAUCUGAACAUUUAUCUGUAAAAGGUAGACAAGGCAUCGUGGUUCCUGAAAAAGUACCCGAAUGUUCAGGUGAUGAUGGCUCUUCUUCUUCAAAGCCAAGUGUGCCUAGACGAGUUGUAGUAAAAUCAUGGAAUAAUGAUAUUUUAUCUUUCUAAUAAUAAUUUGCAGAUUGUCCUACUAAUAACUUCAGACUUUGCCUCAAAAUAAAUAAUAUUAUUUUUUCUUUUAAAUAUAGAAAUGUGAGUCAAUUCAAAUAGAUGUUUAUAGAAAUAUAGUUGUAUUGCAUCUAAUAUAUAAUAUUUGGUUGCAUAAUUGAUAUUUUUUAAUGUGUAUAUGAUUGUUAUCAUAAAUAUAGGUUCAAUGGAAAAAAUGCCACAAAUUGAAAUGCACAAACUCAAAAGCAUUAAAAGUAUUGAAAUUGUAUCAAUAUUAAGAAGCUAAGAAAUGUCCAAAGUUUUCUUUUUACUUUAUUAAGUAUAGAUAGUUGUACAAUUUGCUACAUAUUAGAUCUUAUAACUGUAUUCAAUUUCAUGUCAGGCUCCUUUAAUUUUCGAGUUAUAGCUGUGUUUGUUUGCUCUUGUGAUUUUUUGCUGCAUGUCCAGGGGAUCUGUAUCUUUUCACUCUUUUCAAUGUUUUGCAAUAUAUUUCAUCCAAAAAAAAAAAAAAAAAAAAAAAAA